UUCAGUCACAGUUUCUGAACUGGAUUUUUUCCCUUGAAUGAAUGAAUUCCUCCUGAAAGAAUGGACCGAGACAAAGACAGCACUGCGCCUCAUGGCAAAAAGUUUGGAAUAAAAGGGAAGAAGAAACACAGGAAAGGACACAAGGGUGUUGUAAUUGCAAACAAAAGUGCUCUAGAGGCAGAGUCUGAAACUAAUCCUGGCGAUCCAGAGGUGAUAGACGUACCACAGCCUGAACUCCCUGAAGCGUCCACCUCGACACACGCUUCCUUCAGACAGAUUGCUAAUACUAAGAGGUGUAAACCUGUGGUCAGGAUCUUGGAAGCUGAAAGCAAACCACAACAUUUCCAGAUCUCCAUCAAUAUAACAGAGGCUAGGCAGCUGGUCGGGGAUAAUAUAGAUCCUAGUGUUGUGAUUGAAAUUGGAGAUGAGAAAAAGCAAUCAUCUGUGAAAGAAGGAACCAAUGCUCCCUUUUACAAUGAGUAUUUUGUGUUUGACUUCUUUUGCAAUCAAGACAUCUUUUUUGACAAAGUCAUCAAACUAUCAGUUAUGCACUCAAAGAUCAUGAAGAGUUACUGUGUGGGAAUAUUCAAGAUUGAUGUCGGGACGGUUUACUCCCAACCUGGCCAUCAGUUCAUCAAUAAGUGGGCCAUGCUCACAGACCCCGCUGACAUCCGCACAGGGGUGAAAGGACACUUGAAGUGUGAUAUCAGCGUGUCAGGAAAGGGAGAUGUUUCACUACCGUCCCAGAAGUUCAGUGAUGCAGAGGAACAGAUAGACAAACACCUCCUGAUUCCUGAAGGCUUGAGCCCUGAACGGCCAUGGGCUCGGUUUUACGUGAUAGUGUACCGAGCAGAAGGUCUUCCCAGAAUAAACUCCAGUAUUAUGGCCAAUGUGACCAAAGCCUUUGUUGGAGACACGACAGCCCUCAUAGAUCCUUACGUAGAGGUGUCAUUCUUCGGUCAAGUUGGCAGGACGUCUACUCAGAAGAGCACAGCAGAACCAGUAUGGAACGAGCAAGUGGUGUUUAAGGAGAUGUUUCCUCCACUGUGUCAAAGACUGAAAAUCCGGGUUCUGGAUGAGGGAAGCAUGAACGAUGUGGCUAUUGGGACUCAUUACAUCGAUCUGCACACCAUCUCAAACGACAAUGAUGGAGACAAUGGUUUCCUGCCCACAUUCGGACCGGCAUGGAUCAACCUUUACGGCUCACUUCGUAAUUCCACACUGGUGGACGACAGCCAGGAGCUGAACGAGGGUGUUGGAGAGGGGGUGUCCUACAGAGGCAGGGUUUACAUAGAACUCGGUGUGGAGAUCCUGUCUGGAGGUGCUGAAUCUAAAUCCAUGCUUUCAAGGAUCAGUCUGAAAGAUACCAAGGGAGGGAAAGCAGUGGCGAAAGAUCCCAAAACUGGGACAGGACCUGGAGGUGAUGAGGAGAAGUCCAAAACUAUAGGACCUGAGGUGAUGCCAGUGGAGCCCAUACAGAAGAUAAAUGAUGUAGACAUGGAAACCUUCCUGCUCUUUGGCUGUGUGUUCGAGGCUUCCAUGAUUGACAGAAGAAUCGGCGAUAGACCUAUCACCCUUGAGUUCACCAUUGGUAACUUUGGGAACUUCAUUGACGGCGCUGCACCUCAUCCUUCAAAGAAAAGGCUUGAAGAUGUGUCAGUUACCACUCCUCUUCUGGACACCACAGCAACAAUGACGUGCAAAUCCACUACAACACCAGAGAGACCUCUUUUCGGAGAUGCUCAGAGGCACUACAUGCACUUGCCCAUCACAGCGCAAAAGCCCUGUGUGUAUGUUUAUAGCAGCUGGGAGGAUCGAGCUUACCGACUCCAUCAUGCCAACAUGCUGGACACUAUUGCCUUGAUGUUUGAGGAGGGCAUCUCUAAGGUGGCAGAAUUGGAUAAAAUGUUGUCUCCAGAGGCGUGGACUCUCAUGCACCAUGUUCUUCGGGAAUUUAGAAGAGAUGCCAGGGAGUUUAUUGCAUUUGCUGAAAAGAAGGUGAAGGGAAGCAACUUGACCGUACUGGAUAAAAAGAGGCUCACCCUGUGCAAACAGGAGCUGGAGAGUAUGACUGAAGUAGCAGGAGGACUCCUUGAGCCCAAGAGGAGAUCUUUGACUGUAAAAGAGAUGCUGCUGGAAGCCCAGAAAAUUAAAAAGAAACUGAGAUUUCUGGUGGAAGAGCCUCAACACACUUUACCAGAUGUGUUUGUGUGUCUGGUCAGUAAUAACAAGCGUCUGGCGUAUGCCAGAAUCCCUGCUCGUCACCUGCUCUUCUCUGAAAGCCCAGAUCAGAGAGGCCGAAACUGUGGGAAGAUCAAGACCCUGUUCCUCAAGCCUCCAGGGAAGCGUGGACCGGGGUGGACCGUCCAAGCUAAACUUGAUGUGUACUUAUGGCUGGGAACUUGCAGAGAUUCAUCCCACAUGUUGAACAAUCUCCCAUCAGGCUUUGAGCUGGGAGGCAUCUCAUCUGAGGAGAGGACUGGCCAUCCUCCUGAGCAUUUACUGUACACAGAGAAGCACAUGUUCCAGCUGAGGGCUCAUAUGUACCAGGCUCGUGGUCUCAUCGCAGCAGACAACACUGGCCUCUCAGACCCCUUUGCCUGGGUGUCUUUUCUGUCCAAUAGCCAAAGCACUGGUAUCAUCAAGCAAACAUUGACUCCCACGUGGAAUCAGCUGAUCCUGAUAAAUAACGUGUCUUUGUAUGGAGGUCUUCACGAAAUAGUCCAGGAGCCACCGCUAGUUGUGAUUGAAGUGUAUGAUGAUGAUGCAGUGGGUAUAGAAUACCUGGGGUCGACAGUGGCUGUUCCUGUAGUCAAACUCUCAGAGGAGCGAUACGUCCCUCCUCAGCUGCAGUACAGUCCAUUGUUCUGUGGCGGCCUGUCAGGAGGAGACAUACUGGGAGCCUUUGAACUCAUUCAGAUCUCAAAGUCAGGAGAACACACUCUCCCUGAUUUAGAUGAGCCAGAUGGAGGGGUUAUCCCUGUACCUUCAUACAUUCGGCCUGUUCUUUGCAAGUACAGAAUUGAGGUUUUGUUCUGGGGCCUCAGAGAACUGAAAAAAGUUCAGCUCUUAUCUGUCGAUCGGCCCCAAGUUUUUAUCAAGUGUGCAGGGGCAGGCCUCAACUCCUCAGUGAUACAGAGUUACAAGAAAAACCCGAACUUCGCAAUGCUCGUGGAUGCCUUUGAUGUGGAGCUUCCUGAAGAUGAACACCUCCUCCCUCCUCUUACCAUCACCGUGGUGGACUGGAGGGCCUUUGGACGGAGCACACUUGUGGGUAGUCAUAUGAUCAACAACUUGGCAUUAUUCAAACACAUCCCUUUACCGAUCCAACAGCCCCAACAGGAGGCCAGAAACAUAGCAGUGGCUCAGCUGUCUCUGCAGCAAAGUGUUGUGCCACCGCCAAACGUGGAGAUCGCCAUAGAAAUAGAGCAUGAGGAGAUAAUCCCCCCUCCCCCCAAAACUGAGCCAGACUUCCAGGACAAGCAGGUGUCGAAGAAGAGCAAACGAAGAUCUACUAAAAGGAAGAAACGCACCACGGCUGAUGAGUCUGCUGAUAACGUCAUUGAUUGGUGGUCGAAAUACUAUGCAUCAAUGCAGAAGAUCCAACAGGCAAAGCAAAAAGAAAACAAUCCAUUUCCACUGCUCUUUGAAAAUAUAAUUCCUCUGGAGAACAUUAUUUCCGAAGGAUUGAUCAAUCUGGCAUCAGGUCUUAAGGAAAAGAAAAAGGAGUUGAAUUACAAGAGUGUGUUGGAACAGCCCAGGCUUGCAUCAUUACAGGUGUAUGACAAAGAGCUGGAGGCGGAGUUUGGGCCUUUUGACGACUGGGUAAAAACCUUUGAACUCUAUCGAGGAAAGGCCAAUGAGGAGGACGGCUCUGCUGAUGAGAGAUUUGUCGGGAAGUUCAAGGGCAGGUUCUGUCUGUGCAAACUGCAAGAAACGGAUGACGAGGAGGAGGAUGGAUAUUUGGAUUCUGGGCAGUUUAAAAUAAACCAGGGUAUUCCUCCCAACACUGCAGUAGAGGUCUUGAUCCGCGUAUACAUAGUUGCAGCCUUCAACCUGCACCCUGCGGAUCCAGAUGGCAAAGCAGACCCUUAUAUAGUGCUGAAACUUGGGAAAACUGAGAUCAAAGACAGGGUCAAUUACAUCCCAAAGCAGCUCAACCCAGUGUUUGGAAGAUCCUUUGAAUUUCAAGCCACUUUCCCCAAGGAAUCCCUGCUAACUAUUCUCAUCUAUGACUAUGACACUGUCGGUGGGGAUGAUUUGAUUGGAGAAACACAGAUCGAUUUGGAGAACCGUUUUUACAGCAGGCAUCGAGCUACCUGCGGUCUGCCUUCUGAAUAUGCCAUUGAGGGUUAUAAUGCAUGGAGGGACAGCAUCAAGCCAACAGACCUGUUGAUUAAGCUUUGCAAAGAAAACAGACUGGACAACCCUCGCUUUUCUCCAGGCCACAUUACCAUAGGAAACAAAGUCUUCACAGGGAAAACGGUAUUUGCUGAUGAAGAUCAGAUGGUGGAGUCGUACGAGCACUUGGCUCUAAAGGUGCUACACAGGUGGUCUGAGAUGACCAGUGGGGCCUGUAAACUUGUCCCAGAGCAUAUUGAAACUCGCGCACUCUACCUUAAAGACAAACCAGGAAUAGACCAGGGCCAUCUGCAGAUGUGGGUGGACAUUUUUCCAAUGGAUAUGCCUCAUCCUGGCCCUCCUGUGGACAUUUCCCCUCGCAAACCCAAAGGGUAUGAACUGAGAAUCAUUAUCUGGAACACUGAAGAUGUAAUACUAGAGGACACCAACUUCAUAACAGGACAACAGUCAAGUGACAUUUACGUCAAAGGGUGGUUAAAGGGUCUUGAAGAUGACGGCCAGGAAACUGAUGUCCAUUACAAUUCUCUGACCGGAGAAGGCAACUUCAACUGGCGCUUUGUGUUCCCCUUUAACUACCUGCCAGCUGAGAAAGUGGUGGUGGUACAAAAGCGAGAAAGCAUCUACUCUCUGGACAAAACUGAACAGAAGAUGCCUGCAGUCCUUGUUAUGCAGGUGUGGGACUUUGAGAGGCUUUCUUCUGAUGACUUCCUGGGCUCAGUGGAGUUGGACCUGCAUGGGUUUCCACAUGGAGCCAAAUCAGCUAAAGCUUGUAAGAUGGAAAUGCUGACGGAAACCACAGAGAACAUCUCUAUCUUUCAGCAGAAACGCUCCAAAGGCUGGUGGCCCUUCAUUAAAGCUGGCGAACUCACAGGAAAGGUAGAAGCGGAAUUCCACCUGGUGACAGCUGAAGAGGCAGAGAAAAAUCCAGUGGGCCGUGCACGCAAAGAGCCAGAGCCUCUAGAGAAACCAAAUCGCCCAGACACAUCCUUCUCCUGGUUUAUGAAUCCUUUCAAGUGCUUCUUUCACCUGAUCUGGGGGAACUACAAGAAAUACAUCAUUGCUGGACUGGUGCUGUUGAUCGUGACUUUGUUCCUGGUUCUCAUCUUCUACACCCUACCAGGGGCGAUCAGUAGUAAGAUAGUCAAUGGGUAAUUAAACACCCAUAUAAAGUCAUUGGACACAAUGGAGCAGCACAAAUGUAAUUUGCAUUGAACUCUUGAAGCACACAUUUAAACAUUUGCUCUGCAGGUAGAUGAUUACUCGGGAGCAUAACUUGGUUGAUUUUAGGAACAAUCUUAUAUUAUUUUAAGAUCUUAUAUUUUAUUUAAUUAUGCACCAACAAUUGUAACAUACACAACAUUAAACAUUUAAUAAUCUUUAAACAGCGUAACACUGAACAUAGCACAUGAAACCUGUAGAAAACAUGUUUAUUAAUCUUGAAUCACAUCCUAGUGUAUACAGUUGAACUAUUCUACUGUAGAGCUUCAAAACUUGAGACAUGAUUAUAUAGUGACAUUAAAAAUGACAGUUAUAACUAAAAAA